AUAUGCAUAUAAAAGGAGUUUCAUAUGAUAGAGAGAACCACAAAAGAAAGGGAAAAAAAUGUUGUCUUUGAGUAAUGAUGGCAAUAUCACUAAUAAUGACAAUUGGCUAGGAUUUUCACUUUCCUCCCAAUCUAAUCCUUCCGUUUAUUCAGAUUUAGCUCCAUCAUCAAACUUUUCUAGCACUACCUCAAUCAAUUAUCCUAAUGGCAUUUGGUAUGGGCUUGAAGGUGAUCAAGAGAAUGGAGGGCUCUUCUAUGAUUUAUCUGAUGGCUCUCUUUGCACCAUGGAGUAUUUCCUCAGGUCACACCCCCAAGGCUUGGUGAUCUCGACACCGAAACGUGAUGACACCGCCUAUCACCGACCUGCAAGUGGUGUGACUUUGAGCUUAGACAGUCAAGGAUUCAUUAACCAUGUCCAAGCAAACUCCAUGCAUCAUCAUCAACAACAACAAAAUCUACUUCAACAAAUCAAUGACUACACUCCUGUGGAGUCCGGAGAUUUUCAGACAUUGAGCUUAUCGAUGAGCCCCGGGGGGUCACAUGUGACCACCGCGCAGCGACAGCAACCCGCACCCACGGCUACUGAGUGUUUAGUCAUCGCGGACCACAAAAGAGGACCAGGUCAGGUAAAUCAUAAACAGAUUGGUCACAGGAAGCCGUUUGAUACAUUUGGGCAGCAACGAACUUCCCAAUACCGAGGUGUUACAAGGCAUAGAUGGACUGGUAGAUAUGAAGCUCAUUUGUGGGAUAACAGUUGUAAGAAAGAAGGACAACGGAGGAAAGGAAGGCAAGGUUAGUCUAUCACCGAAAUGUAAAAUGUUGGGUCAUAGGAAUCAUAAGAUACUUGGGUCAAACUAAACUGAAGGAUUGAGUUCAAUCCAUUAGUUAGUUUUACGCAAAUUCUUAUUAUUGACUCAUCAUUUUCUUUUUACUUGUAGGACAUGAUAUUCUAACACUCACCAAUGAGACAUACUAAUAACUAUAUAUAGCAUUAAGUUUGUUUCUUAAUUAAUCCUUACCAAGCAAUUUGUUUUGCAUUUUUUUGCUCUUCCAUGGUGAUUAAUGACUGGGCAUACAAUUUCACACCAAAUGGCCGCAGUUUAUCUAGGAGGUUAUGACAAGGAAGAGAAGGCAGCUAGGUCAUAUGAUUUGGCAGCAAUCAAAUACUGGGGAACUUCAACCCACAUCAACUUCCCUUUGGAGAACUAUCAGCAAGAGCUAGAAGAAAUGAAGAACAUGACAAGACAAGAAUAUGUUGCCCACUUGAGAAGAAAGAGCACUGGUUUCUCAAGGGGAGCAUCUAUCUAUAGAGGGGUUACAAGACAUCAUCAACACGGAAGAUGGCAAGCACGAAUCGGCCGAGUAGCCGGGAAUAAAGAUCUUUAUUUGGGAACAUUCACCACUCAAGAAGAAGCAGCGGAGGCUUAUGACGUAGCUGCGAUCAAGUUCCGGGGGUUGACGGCGGUGACAAAUUUUGAGGUUUCCCGGUACGACGUUGACCGUAUAAUGGAGAGUGAGCCGCUUCUGACCGGAGAACAAGCAAGACGAGGAAACCACAACACCACGACACCGUACCUGCAGAAACCCACGGACGCCGGCGGCGGCGGUGCUAACGUUGUUGCCGAAGACGAUUUCCGGGGCUCUUGUUUGUUAGGCGGCGGCCUGCAGGCGGCCGGACUGGAUUAUUACACGAUGAUGAUGUUAAAGACAGCAAAUAAUGACUUCUCCAAUACGUCGUCGUUGGUAAACAGCGUGCAGAGCUCCAGAGAAGGCAGCCCCGACAUGAACACGGCACUUCCGGCGACAUUUCCGUCGUCGACGGCCAACUUUUAUGAGAUAACGACGAAUAGUAGCAGCGGCAGUAAUGUGAAUUCAUGGGCCUCAUCGCCACCGGCCCAGAUGAGGUGUCCUGUGUUUGCUGCAUGGUCGGAUCUGAUGCCUAGCUAACUAAUAAACUGUCUUUCGGGUCAUAUAGUAUACACUCCGUAUGAGAUAUGAUAGGGGGACUAAAUUCGUUGUUAACCUCAAUUUUCUGAAAAUUAUGAUUAUUUUGCAUGGGGGUUGAAGAACAAUCUGACCUCAAUUAAUCUAUAUGGGUCACUUCUUUCCUGAAUUUAUUAUGCCGUACGUAUUUAUUUUCUCAUUUU